CCGGAUUUCGUCGGCAUCAUCUGCACCCGCCUGAGCCCCAAGAGACUGAUCGAGAAAUGGGUGGACUUCGCCAGGCGGCUCUGCGAGCACCAGUACGGGAACGCGCCGCGCGUGCGCAUCAACGGCCACGUGGCCGCGCGGUUCCCGUUCAUCCCCCUGCCCCUGGACUACGUCCUGCCCGAGCUGCUCAAGAACGCCAUGAGGGCGACGAUGGAGUCGCACCUGGACACUCCGUACAACGUCCCCGACAUCGUGGUGACGAUCGCCAACAACGACAUCGACCUCGUCAUCCGGAUUUCGGACCGGGGGGGAGGAAUUCCCCACGAUUUGCUGGACAAGGUCACCGAGUACCAUUUCAGCACGGCCGAGGCGAGCGCGCAGGACCCGCGCCUGGGGGGGCCCUUCCGGGGCCUGAUGGAGCCCAACGGGCAGGCGGGGCCCAUGCACGGGUUCGGCUUCGGGCUGCCCACGUCCCGCGCCUACGCCGAGUACCUGGGCGGGUCCCUGGCGCUGCAGUCGCUGCAGGGCGUCGGCACCGACGUCUACCUGAGGCUGCGGCACAUCGACGGCAAGGCCGAGAGCUUCCGCAUCUAGGGGGGCUCGGGGGACCCCGGAAUCCCGGGAUCGGGGCGGGGAGAGCCGGGAGAACCUUCCAGAGUUGGGGUUUGGGUCAUCAGAACCGUGGAGAACCUUCCAGAGUCGGGGUUUGGGUCAUGGAGAACCUUCUAGAAUUGGGGUUGGGUCAUCAGAACCGUGGAGAACCUUCUAGAAUUGGGGUUUGGGUCAUGGAAAACCUUCCAGAAUUGGGGUUUGGGUCAUCAGAACCUUCCAAAGUUGAGUUUUGGGUCAUGGAGAACCUUCUAGAAUAGGGGUUUGGUCAUCAAA